AUGGCUACGAUUAAUUUCACUUCCCUCCCCACGGAGAUUCAUUUCAUGAUCUCAGAUUCCCUGGAAUACCUGGAAGAUGUCAAUGUCCUGAUACAAACAUGUCGUUUCUUCUACUUCCAACUCAAUAAUUCUCUUUACCGACGAAUCGCUCGAAAUACCCUAGACCCCGUUGAAUCGCAUCUGAUGAAGGACAACGUUAUAAAUGAAAGAAUCACUGUUCUUCACUGGGCUGCAAGAAAUGGGAACCACGACGCUGUUCGUCGUUUACUUCAGGCUGGUAUUCCAGCUGAUCCCACCCAGGAAACUCUGCACCCGAUUAUGCUAGCCGCGUAUCAUGGUCAUGCAGAAACAGUUCGGACGUUUCUGGAGUAUGGAGUUGACCCAACUCCACAGACCGGGUUCGAUAUGCCGAGAUAUUUGACUAACAACCCUUUGACUGAGGCUGCAUCCUCUGGGCAGGAGUCAGUGGUCAAACUGCUAAUCGACUAUGGCGUCCCGCUGGAAUUUGGUCCAGAGAGUAGUGGUAUUGUCUGGCAACCUUUGUAUUUGGCAGUGAUCAAUGGGCAAAUCGGGGUGGCAAAGCUACUCCUUGAUCAAGGGGUGAGCCCAUUAACCCCGAAUUACAAAGAGAAAGAAGAGAUCUCAGGCUUGAAAUCCAACGCGCUGUUAUCAAGUAACAGUUUUGAAAUGCUCCAACUUUUACUUGAUAAAGUCGAGCUUCCGGAAUUGGUAGACUUUACACAACCUGAUGGCCUUCUUCCAAAUCUUGCAAGAGAAAAGCUAGAUCUACUACUUGUCAAAUUUCUGUUCAACUUUGCAAAGCCUCCCGAGGAACAAAUUACUUAUAUACCGGCCUCAGGGCGCUUGUGGCCCCAUCCUGACUUUGACUACGAUAUCUUCUCUCAAUUUGCCUACACAUCAGGCUCGCAGCCUGAGGUAGCUCAGUUCUUGCUGGAUCAGAUUGAUAUUGAUGGCAUAUUGGGAUGUCAGUACAUAAGACCUAUAAUUGGUCUCAUGCAUGGUGCUGCACGUAUGGGUGAUAAACCUUUAUUAUCCAAACUAUUCCAGGUGGAUUGGACGCGAAAAAGGCCAUUCAUUAAAGAUGGUGAUUGGGGGAUGAUCUUGACUCGGAUUAUGGAGAAGUGUAUUCGUUAUGGUCAUAUCGAUAUAAUUGAGCUGCUCCUUAUGCAUGGCGCAGAUGCGGAUGGGACCAACAUGCGGAGUAAUAGACGCGAUGGACUCCACGAGCGCCUUUCACCUUAUAGAAAGGCUAUCAAAAGAGGGCUAUUAGGUAUCGCAGAUCUCCUUCUCGACUACGGAGCUGAUCCAUUCCAGGGCGGAAUCGAGCCCGGCGUUUAUUUCAAUGUUGAUAACCCAAGGGUCCGAUGGCCAAGGGCACUAGUAUCUUUACUUGAAAUGGCAGCAUCUUCAGUUGGGACGAAUCUUACAACCGCACUGUUUCUUAUUAAGAAAAAUCCCACUAUCUAUCGCGUACAUGGAGUGGUAGCUGCAGCGGCAACUAAAGGCAAGGAAACUUUCAAUAUGGUACGGGAUUAUGUAGAGCCCGGUGUACCACUACAGCCAGAUAACUCGGUUCAUCAAAGGGCGAUGGUGAUAGCAGCUGAACAUGGACACAUUCCCCUCCUUGUACAGUUUCUUGAAGCUGGCUUCCAUCCAAACAAGUUGGGCGUCCAUAAUUCCUGUCUCGGUGCUGUGGCUAUGUCGACUUCGAUAAAAUUCAAGGUCAAGCAGAAGACAAUCAAUUUUCUUCUUGAAAACGGAGAAGAAAUUGACCGGAACUUCGGUUGGGACUCGAUUACUCCAUUGAUGUCGGCAAUUAGAAAGAAGGAGGAACACAGCAAGGAUGAUGAAAAAGUUAUACGAUUGCUAAUUGAAAAAGGUGCCAAUCCAUUUCAAUUUGGGAUGGGUGCUAAACUCAAGUUUGACCAAUUUGCGCUGUACAAGGCUGUGCACUGCGAUAAUUUACCUAUGAUCAAAGUCAUUCUCCAAUUUCUUCAAGAGAAAGACAUACCCUUUGAUCAAAUGAAAUCUAUUGUCGAGACGGCAGCCAGCAGGACAAAUUGGAGGGUUGCUAAACUUCUAUGGCGUUGGUACUGGUCUAGAUGUAUUCACCAAGCAUAG